UUAGCCGAGUGAAGUCAGUGGGUAGGAGGAGUCCGGUGCAGUAGUUCGUGUUGCUGUGUUUUCUCUCUGGCCCCGUCCUCUCGGAUGGAGUUACUGGAUGGCGGCUGGCUGCGCCCCUCCCAAACUGCAGGAGUUUAUCCUCACGGAGAAGCUGGGCAGCGGCUCCUACGCCACGGUUUAUAAAGCUUACAGGAAGGUGAACAACCGCGAGGUGGUGGCCAUUAAGUGCGUGAGUAAGAAAAGCCUGAACAAAGCUUCAGUGGAAAACCUGCUGACAGAGAUCGAGAUCCUGAAGACGGUCAAGCACCCUCACAUCGUCCAGCUGAAGGACUUCCAAUGGGACGGCGAGAAUAUUUACCUCAUCAUGGAGUACUGCGCGGGAGGCGACCUCUCCCACUUCAUCCGCAGCCGCCGGGCCCUUCCAGAGCAUGUGGCACGCCGCUUCCUGCAACAGCUCGCCUCUGCCCUGCAGUAUCUCCACCAACGCAACAUCUCACACCUCGACCUGAAGCCGCAGAAUGUUCUUCUCAGCUCCCGGACCUGUCCACACCUCAAGCUGGCUGACUUUGGCUUCGCACAGCACAUGUCUCCUUGGGACGAGAAGCACGUUCUGCGAGGGUCCCCAUUGUACAUGGCCCCGGAGAUGGUGUGCCAGCAGCAGUAUGAUGCCCGGGUGGAUCUCUGGUCCGUCGGAGUGAUUCUGUAUGAAGCUUUGUUUGGACAACCACCAUUCGCAUCGAAGUCCUUCACAGAGUUGGAGAGUAAAAUCCGCAGCAACAAGGCAGUUGAGCUCCCUCCGGGCGCACGGGUCUCCCCUGACUGCAGGGAUUUGCUGCUCCGACUGCUAGAGAGAGACCCGGAGCAGAGAAUGAUGUUCGAGGAGUUCUUUACUCACCCCUUCGUUGAUUUGGAUCACAUGCCGGGUGCAGACAGCCUGGAGAAAGCAACAGCGCUGGUUGUGGAGGCAGUGAAGAAGGAUGAAUUCGGUGACUACUCUGGCGCACUCUCUCUCUACUGCAGAUCCCUGGAGUACUUUGUCCCUGCUCUGCAUUACGAAUUGGACUGCAGACGGAAGACAGCUAUCCGCACAAAGGUAGCUCAGUACAUCUCCAGGGCAGAGGAACUGAAAGCACUGGUCGCCAAGGGCAACCAAGCCAACUUUGAGCAGGCCAAGUCAGCCAGAGUCCUGUUGAAAGAGAUGUCGCAGGACAAGCCCCGACUACUUGCUGCGUUGGAGAUGGGCUCGGCUGCCAUUGCCCAGGAAGAACAAGGGGACGACUUGGCAGAAACACUACAGCUGUACCAGCAGAGUCUGGGCGAGCUCCUGCUCAUGCUGGCUGCUGAACCACAGGGGAGAAGACGGGUGAUGUUACAUGCAGAGAUCAAAAACCUCAUGAGUCGAGCUGAAUAUCUGAAGGAGCAGUUGAAGAUGUGGGAGAAUCAGAAAGAAGCAGCAUCCAUGGACCAGGAUCUCUUUUCUGAGUCGGUCAAGAGCAGUUGUUUGCUCCAGUAACUACACAUCAGAAAAUCUCUGCCGAUAUCUCACAACUUCUCUCAAACGUAAUUGGGGGUAACUCCCACGCAACCUUGGCGUAACCUCAGUGUAAACUGGUACAAACCGCCCCUUGUGUGUUUGCUGACCCUUGAGUGGAGCAGUGACCAGUAACGUAAAUCAAACGAGUACCACAAGUUUAAUUUUAAAGCUUAUAUGCUUCAAAAGAAAGAUCGUUCUUAUUAGAAAAGUUUAAUUUUUCAUAGAGGUAAUAUAUUUACCAAAUAACUGCUCAGAGGAAGCAGCAUUAUUUAAGCUUAGCCUAAGUUAGGCUUUUACUUUUAGGAGUGUUCUCCUUAUUCCUGUGUUUUUUUUCCCCCUCCUCUGAAGGUCUGACCAGUCAUUUUGAUUUAACACUUUUUCUUCGAGGGACAGUAGGGCCAGUUGCACUAAUGGGAGGUGACCACUGACCUCCAGCCCCAAUGGGUUAAAGAAAAGCAAAAUCGAAUCAGUUGCUCACACUGUGCUCUUCACAGCCUCUGCCUAUUCCCUGAGGCUGGACAAGCAUUACAAAAGCUCUCCCACAGCUUGUGGAGUAGUCAUCGUGGAAGCCAGUUUGUAGAAUCUUCUCUGAGGGUACUUCACAGGGAGAGAUCAGCUUGUUCACUGUGAAUAGGAGUAGACUAUUGAGCAUAUCCCAGUGAGGUUAUUAGUUAAAGUCUUCCACUAAGAUUCUAGAUUGUUUAUUGCCAUUCUUCACUACACGAGUGUUAAGAACGGAAUGAUUGUUACUCGGGAUCCGGUGCAGCAUCUUAAAAACAACCUAAGCAUUAAGAGCAUAAUAAAAAAUAAACAACAAAACCACAAUCAAUAUUAAAGCAAUCCUAUGAAACACACUGUACAAGUAACUGUUGAGUGUACUAUAUAGACAUAGACUGAUUGUAUGUACAUAAAGUGAUGUUAGGUGAUGUGGAUGUCAUGGUGGUGAGAGUUGUGUGGUGGGUUAGUGGGUAGAGGUGUUGAUGAACCUGACAGCUUAGGGGAAGUAACUGUUUUUGAGUCUAGUAGUCCUGGCAUGGAUACGGUGUAGCUGCAUCCAAACAGUCAGACAAAUAGCCCAUAAGGUAGAUGAGUUACUUCAUUACUAAAUUCGCAGACUAGAUUUGCAAUGGAGCUCAGUACAUUGUGAACAUGAACUAUGAAUUUCUCAAGUUUCAUCAUCAAAGAGUUCUUUUGCAAUGAUAGGUAUGACAGGAGUUAGAAGAGAGCAUGAAGUUCUAACUCCCUUCCAGGUGGUAGUCUGACUCCCUCAUCUCUCCCAGCCCAUUUAUUCCAUUGUUCCAUUUCCUUUGCAUUUCAGUCUUAAAAGAAGAUCAGGACAGGAACAGUUAAUCUGUCCCGGACUCUGUGAAAAACUGUUACUUAUCACUAAACCAUCUGAAUUACUGAGAUAAAUAGAUAUAAAACAGUUAAGAGAUGAAGAUAAAUUUGAUCUUAAUUUGUCAGAAACAUACAAUGUAAUGCAUCGUUUGCAUCAAAUCAAAUCAGCAAGAAUUGUGAUGGGCAGCCUGCAAGUGUCUCUGUGCUUCUGGCACCAACACAAUAUGCCCACAGUUCCCUAACCCUAACUCGUACACCUUUGGAACGUGGGUGGAUACCAGAGCUCCUGGAGGAAACCCAUGCAGUCACGGGGAGAAAAUACAAACUCCACGCAAACAGCACCGUUGAUUGGGUUUGAACCCAGGUCUUCUGGAGUUGUGCAGCAGCCAAUCUACUAUUUGAGCCACAAUGCCUCCUGUGAUUGAUCAGUGCUGCAAUUAACUUAGAGCUCUGUGUCUUCCCUCUCUGGCGACAGCCCAAUAAAGCUGGGGGCGGGGUGGCUUUUCAGCUUUGGCAAAGAAGGAGCUCCAGUUCUGCUUCUCAGCUGGAAUUGCAUUAACUCAAGAAAUUGAAUUAGGGGUUCAGUAUCCAAGUACUUUUCUUUAAUAGGUUAAUAAGCCACAAGACAUAGGAGCAGAAUUAGGCCAUUCAGCCCAUUGAAUCUGUGCCACCAUUCCGUCAUGACUGAUUUGCUAUCCCUCUCAACCCCAUUCUCCUGCCUUCUCCCUGUAUCCUUGACACCCUUCCUAAUCAAGACCCUAUCAACCUUUACUUCAAAUAUCCCCAAAGACCAUAAGACUUAGGAGCAUAAUUAGACCAUUUAGCUCAUCUAGUCCGUUCCACGAUUCAUGGCUAAUUUAUUAUCCCUGUCAACCCCAUUCUCCUGCCUUCUCCCCAUAAUCUUUGAUGCCCCGAUUAAUCAAGAACCUAUCUACCUCUGCUUUAAAUACACCCAAUGAUUUGGUUCCAUAGCUGUCUGUGGCAAUGAAUUCCACAGAUUCACCAUUUUCUGGCGAAAGAAAUUCCUCCUUAUCUCGGUGCUAAAGGGACGUCCUAUUCUGAGGUUGUGCCCUCUGCAUAGAUUUGGUCUCCACAGCUGUCGAGGGAGAACAUAGUUCCUCUUUCAGGAUGAGCUGUACUCUUUAUGUAAUAAAAUAUUCCUUUGCUCAUUUUUUUUGACACCUUUCAUAUUUUAUGAGGAUUUCUUUAAUGAUUGAUGAACCACUUCACUGUUUCAUGUUUCUAUCUCUGAUUCUACUUGUCUUGUUAAUAUAACUUAAUGGAUGAUGAAAGUUAUGAUGAUCUCAAUAAAAUAAAGUUUAAACUUUGUG